AUGAAGUUACUUCUUUGGGCCUGCGUCGUGUGUGUCGCUUUUGCAAAGAGGAGGCGUUAUCCCUUCAUUUAUAAGAAAUCACCCUCACCCAGUGAAGAGGAUUACUAUGGAAAUCGCUACUCACUUACUCCAUCUCUCAAUAUCCCAUUCGGCUUAUGGAAUGAUAAUUUACCACCUUUCCUUUUGCCUCCUCUUGACGCUCACCAAGGAAAUGCCAUCACCAAAUUCUCUGGAAAUCCUGAAGCUGAAAGAGGGCUAACUCCAUACCCUUGGAUUCCUACUUCUUCUAAAGUUCGCUAUAUAUACCAAAACCCUAGUUAUCCCACAGAUCCCGCAGCAGCUGCUCCUCCUCCGCCAGUCCCUCCUCCAAGGGCAUAUCCCUUUGUCAUACCUCCAAAGAUUUCUGUUUCAUCUGUUGCAGCUGAACCUGCGGCAGCUCCCCCAGCAGCAGCGCCUGCUGUAGGCGAGGGACUGGUGCCUGAGUUCUCUAUGGACAAAACUAUUUCAGGCCUGCCUCCUGCAAUCAAACUUGAACCACCACCUGCUGAACCCAAACCUCCUGCAGCGGAGCCUGCUCUAGGCCAGUUUGGUGCUGGUGCACCUGAGACUGCUCCAGCCCAGUUUGGUGGACUUGAACCUGCUCCUGCCCCCUCUGGGGCAGCUGAGCCUGCUGCAACCCACCCCAUGAUACCUGAACCUGCUCCACCCCAAUCUGUGGCUGCAGCCCAGGCUAUUCCAGGGGAAAACCCUGCAGACCAGUCUGCUGAAAACAAACCUGCUUCAGGUGAGCCUGCUGUAGCCCAGGCUAUACCAGUUGAGCCUGCUGCAGGACAGGCUGCCGAAGCCAAGCCUCCUGCCGCUGAGGCUGCUGCAGCUCAACCUCCUGCAACUGAACCUAUUGCUAUUGCGGGCCAGUCUGUUGUGGGAAAGCUUAUUCCAGCUGAACCUGCUGAAGCAAAAGUGGAGGCACCUGAGCCUGUUGAGGCCAAACCUGGUAGCCAAGAGCCUCAGCCUUUUCUAUUUUACCAGGUAGAUAAGUGA